GCCGAGGGGCGGUGGCCGCGCAGGCUCCGCGGGACGGACUCACGGUCAGACAGGGGACGGAGGCACGGGCGCACGGCCAGGCCAUGCCCGGGGAAGCUGCCCGCGCCGAGCUGCUGCUGCCGGAGGCGGGCGGGCCGGGGCCCCGCACAGAUCCGUCCUGCGAUGCGGCUGAGGCUACCACCCCGAGAGGGGACGGGCUGGAGCACUGUGCCCUGACCCCUGGGCCCAGCGCCCUGGCCCUCACGUUCCUGCCCAGCAAACCGGGUGCCCGGCCCCCGCCCGAGGGAGCCAGCUGGGAUGCGGGGCCGGGCCAGGCCCCCUCGGCCUGGGCGGUCCCAGCAGAGGGCGGCCCCAGCCCAGGGUCCCCUGAGGUUCGAUCCCCAGAAGGUCCUCUCCCAGCCUCCCUGGAGCCCCGGAUUGUGAUGGGCGAGGAGACGUGUCGGGCGCCCCCACUGCCCGGGGCAACCCUGCCAGAGCUCAGGGACUGGGAGGGUGGGCACGCCAGCCUGAACCCACCCCCCGAGUUGUGUUCUCAGGGUGACCCUCCUGUGCCUUUCCCUGCCCCAGAGUCUGAUUCCUUCUUCACACCUCCUUCCACCCCCACCGAGACAGCCUCUACCCUGCUCCCUGGCCCCGGGCCCCGCAGGGACAGCAGGGACAGCAGGGACAUCCGGGAUGCCCAGGCUGAGCUGGGGGACUCGCCGCCAGCCUCACCCUCAGGCUCCUACGUCACGGCGGACGGGGACAGCUGGGCCUCGUCCCCAUCCUGUUCCCUGAGCCUGAAGGCCCUGGCUGAAGGGCUGGACGUGCCCUCGGGCUGGGGCUUCUCCCCACCGGGGUCCAUGGCGGACGAGAGGGAGCCACCCCUGCCCGAGCCCCUGGACACGUCUUCAGAGUCCAGCCUCUCGGAGGACAGCAGUUCUUCCUGGGGCCAGGAGGGCCACUUUUUUGAGCUGGACUUCCUGGCCAACGACCCAAUGAUCCCUGCUUCCCUCCUGCCCUUCCAGGGCAGCCUGAUCUUCCAGGUGGAGGCCGUGGAGGUGACGCCGCUGCCCCCUGAGGUGGAGGAGGAGGAGGAGCAGGAGGAGGAGCAGAAGGAGGAGCAGGAGGAGGGCGAGGCGGCCCCCGCCCCCAGAGGGGACCUGGCCGGGGAGGGCGAGGACGACAGCACGUUUGCCUCAUCCCUGCAGUCGCUGUCCGACCUCUCCAUCACCGAGGGCAUGGAUGAGGCCUUCGCCUUCCGGGAUGACACCUCGGCUGCCUCCUCGGACCCCGACUCGGCCUCCUACGCAGGGGCUGAUGAUGAGAGGCUAUACAGCGGGGAGCCCCAUGCACAGCCCGCCGCCCUGCUCCAAGGCAGCCUUGGUGAGGCCACCACCUGGGGCCUGGAGCCCACUUCUGGGGUGUCCGAGGGGGAAACCAGUCGAGCUGCCAAGAGGCAGGAAACCAACUCCGAAAUAACUUGGCUGGGUCCCGCUUCAGGCCAGACGUCCACUGCUGCUCUGGCCCCUCACGCCCUGCAGGAAGCCCCAGGCUUCGCUGGGACGACCGCUCACACCUGGGAUGAAGAGGCAGACUCCACGACAGGACCAGCACCUGUUGCCGCAAUCACGCCUCAGCCCCCGCAGGAUGGAGACAGCGCUGCCUUAGGCCCAGAGCCCUGGACUUCUAAGGGAGAGGCGGAACUCAGCGCUCUGCAAAACCUGAAGAAAGAAGCAGGCCACGGGUUUGCCACUGCAGCCAGCUCUGAGACUCAGCAGGAUGAAGUGGACCUGAUGGCAUCCAUGCCCCUGCAGGAUGCAGCCCUCCCCUCGGUCCAGGGAUCUGCCUCCGAGGCCAGUCCUGAACCCCAGCCAGAAGAAAUGGACAUGACAGCAUCCCUGCCCCUGAAGGUUGCAGCCUUCCCUUCGGCCCAGGAAUCUGCCCCCGAGGCCAGUCCUGAACCCCAGGCAGUGGAAGUGGACAUGACAGCAUCCCUGCCCCCGAAGGAUGCAGCCCUCCCCUUGGUCCAGGGAUCUGCCUAUGAGGCCAGUCCUGAACCCCAGCCAGAAAAAGUGGACCUGAUGGCAUCCUUGCCCCUGCAGGAUGCAGCCUUCCCCUCAGUCCUGGGAUCUGCCUCUGAGGCCAGUCCUGAACCCCAGCCAGAAGAAAUGGACAUGACAGCAUCCCUGCCCCUGAAGGUUGCAGCCUUCCCUUCGGCCCAGGAAUCUGCCCCCGAGGCCAGUCCUGAACCCCAGGCAGUGGAAGUGGACAUGACAGCAUCCCUGCCCCCGAAGGAUGCAGCCUUCCCCUUGGUCCAGGGAUCAGCCUAUGAGGCCAGUCCUGAACCCCAGCCAGAAGAAGUGGACCUGAUGGCAUCCUUGCCCCUGCAGGAUGCAGCCUUCCCCUCAGUCCUGGGAUCUGCCUCUGAGGCCAGUCCUGAACCCCAGCCAGAAGAAAUGGACAUGACAGCAUCCCUGCCCCUGAAGGUUGCAGCCUUCCCUUCGGCCCAGGAAUCUGCCCCCGAGGCCAGUCCUGAACCCCAGGCAGUGGAAGUGGACAUGACAGCAUCCCUGCCCCCGAAGGAUGCAGCCCUCCCCUUGGUCCAGGGAUCUGCCUAUGAGGCCAGUCCUGAACCCCAGCCAGAAGAAGUGGACCUGAUGGCAUCCUUGCCCCUGCAGGAUGCAGCCUUCCCCUCAGUCCUGGGAUCUGCCUCUGAGGCCAGUCCUGAACCCCAGCCAGAAGAAAUGGACAUGACAGCAUCCCUGCCCCUGAAGGAUGCAGCCUUCCCUUCAGCCCAGGAAUCUGCCUCCGAGGCCAGUCCUGAACCCCAGGCAGUAGAAGUGGGCAUGACAGCAUCCCUGCCCCCGAAGGAUGCAGCCCUCCCCUUGGUCCAGGGAUCAGCCUAUGAGGCCAGUCCUGAACCCCAGACAGAAGAAAUGGACAUGACAGCAUCCCUGCCCCUGCAGGAUGCAGCCUCCCUUUCAGUCCUGGGAUCUGCCUCCGAGGCCAGUCCUGAACCCCAGCCAGAAGAAAUGGACCUGAUGGCAUCCCCGCCCUUGAAGGAUGCAGCCUUCCCCUCAGGCCAGGAAUCUGCUGCCAAGGCUAGUCCUGAACCCCAGCCAGAAGAAAUGGACAUGACAACAUCUCUGCCCCCAAAGGAUGCAGCCCUCCCCUUGAUCCAGGGAUCUGCCUCUGAGGCCAGUCCUGAACCCCAGACAGAAGAAAUGGACAUGACAGCAUCCCUGCCCCCGAAGGAUGCAGCCUUCCCCUUGGUCCAGGAAUCAGACUAUGAGGCCAGUCCUGAACCCCAGCCAGAAGAAGUGGACAUGACAGCAUCCCUGCCCCCGAAGGAUGCAGCCCUCCCCGUGAUCCAGGGAUCUGCCUCUGAGGCCAGUCCUGAACCCCAGACAGAAGAAAUGGACAUGACAGCAUCCCUGCCCCUGCAGGAUGCAGCCUUCCUCUCAGCCCAGGAAUCUGCCUCCGAGGCCAGUCCUGAACCCCAGGCAGUAGAAGUGGACCUGACAGCAUCCCUGCCCCUGAAGGAUGUAGCCCUCCCUUCGGCCCAGGAAUCUGCCUCCGAGGCCAGUCCUGAACCCCAGGCAGUAGAAGUGGACAUGACAGCAUCCCUGCCCCCGAAGGAUGCAGCCCUCCUCUUGGUCCAGGGAUCUGCCUCCGAGGCCAGUCCUGAACCCCAGGCAGUAGAAGUGGACCUGACAGCAUCCCUGCCCCCAAAGGAUGCAGCCCUCCCGUUGGUCCAGGGAUCUGCCUCCGAGGCCAGUCCUGAACCCCAGGCAGUAGAAGUGGACCUGUCAGCAUCCCUGCCCCCGAAGGAUGCAGCCCUCCCCUCAGUCCAGGGAUCUGCCCCCGGGGCCAGUCCUGACCAGGCAGUGGAAGUGGACAUGACAGCAUCCCUGCCCCCGAAGGAUGCAGUCCUCCCCUCGGUCCAGGGAUCUGCCUCCGAGGCCAGUCCUGAACCCCAGACAGUAGAAGUGGACAUGACAGCAUCUCUGCCCCUGAAGGUUGCAGCCUUCCCUUCAGCCCAGGAAUCUGCCUCUGAGGCCAGUCCUGAACCCCAGCCAGAAGAAAUAGACCUGAUGGCAUCCCCACCCUUGAAGGAUGCAGCCUUCCCUUCAGCCCAGGAAUCUGACUCAGAGGCCAGUCCUGAACCCCAGGCAAUAGAAGUGGACCUGACAGCAUCAUUGUCCCUGCAGGAUGCAGCCCUUCCCUCUGGCCAAGGAUCUACCUCCGAGGCCAGUCCUGAACCCCAGGCAGUAGAAGUGGACCUGACAGCAUCAUUGUCCCUGCAGGAUGCAGCCCUCCCCUCGGUCCAGGGAUCUGCCUCCGAGGCCAGUCCUGAACCCCAGGCAGUAGAAGUGGACAUCACAGCAUCCCUCACCCUGAAGGAUGCAACCGUCCCUUCAGUCCAGGAAUCUGCCUCUGAGGCCAGUCCUGAACCCCAGCCAAUAGAAGUGGACCUGACAGCAUCAUUGUCCCUGCAGGAUGCAGCCCUUCCCUCUGGCCAAGGAUCUGCCUCUGAGACCAGUCUUGAAUCUCAGCCAGUAGAAGUGGACCUGACAGCAUCAUUGUCCCUGCAGGAUGCAGCCCUUCCCUCUGGCCAAGGAUCUGCCCCCGAGGCCAGUCCUGAACCCCAGGCAGUGGAAGUGGACAUGACAGCAUCUCUGCCCCUGAAGGAUACAGCCCUCCCCUUGGUCCAAGGAUCUGCCCCCGAGGCCAGUCCUGAACCCCAGGCAGUAGAAGUGGACCUGACAGCAUCCCUGCCCCCAAAGGAUGCAGCCCUCCCCUUGGUCCAGGGAUCUGCCCCCGAGGCCAGUCCUGAACCCCAGGCAGUGGAAGUGGACAUGACAGCCUCCCUGCCCCCGAAGGAUGCAGCCCUCCCCUCUGACCAAGGAUCUGCCUCCGAGGCCAGUCCUGAACCCCAGGUAGUAGAAGUGGACCUGACAGCAUCAUUGUCCCUGCAGGAUGCAGCCCUUCCCUCUGGCCAAGGAUCUGCCUCUGAGGCCAGUCCUGAGCCCCAGCGAGAAGAAGUGGACCUGAUGGCAUCCCUGAAGGGUGCAGGCCUCCCCUCGGUCCAGGGAUCUGCCUCCGAGGUCGGUCCUGAAGCCCAGCCAGAAGAAAUGGACCUGACAGCAUCCCUGUUCCUGCAGGAUGCAGCCCUCCCCUCUGGCCAAGGAUCUGCUUCUGAGGCCAAUCCUGAACCCCAGGCAGUAGAAGUGGACCUGACAGCAUCAUUGUCCCUGCAGGAUGCAGCCCUUCUCUCUGGCCAAGGAUCUGCCUCUGAGUCCAGUCCUGAACCCCAGCCAGAAGAAAUGGACAUGAUGGCAUCCCUGUCCCCAAAAGAUACAGCCCUCCCCUCGGUCCAGGGAUCUGUCUCCAAGGCCAGCCCUCAGGCCCUGCAGACUGAUGCAGGCUGCACCUCAAGGAGCAAGCCUACGGUCACCACAGCCCAGCAGAAAGGAGGCAAGACCUUGGGACCGAGGCCAGAGUUUGAGGGAAAGGACCCAGACCACACAGGAGACCCAGACUCUCUGGCCCUGGGUCAGCCCCAUCUGGAUGGCCAGGAGCCAGCUGCAGACGGUCGGACACCCUGGGCCUCACAGGGAGAUGCAGGCCCCUCCAAGCCUGCCACAGAGACCCCGGACACCUCUGAGCCUGCUGUGGAGACCCCAGAUCCCUCAGAGCGUAUCUCUACUGGGGAGGAAGCAGCCAAGGGUCUUUUGACACCUGAGCGGAGAACCUGUCCUGAUGCCCGUGCGCGGGGAGGUGAUGGAGCUGAGCCCAGCUCACUCCCAGAGGAGGCCCUAGGGGCUGAGGACCAAGGGAGUGGAGUCCUAGAGCCAGUGCCCCGGGAUGCCGGGAGCAGCGGCCCAGAGGCCUGUCCUGCCACCUGCCUGGAGGUUGGCCAGGUGUGGCCCCCAAGCCUGGUGGAGGAGGGAAGGGCCACUCCCAUAGCUGUGGCUUCAGAGUCUGGGCUGGGUUCCUGUUCAGAGUCUCCAUCGAGGGCUGUGCCCAGGCUGGGAAGAGGCCGUCCCAAACAUUCUGCCCCGACAUCUCCACCGCCCUCGAGGCGGCUAGAGCGCGUGCCAGGCCCGGGCAGUGGAGAGCAAUCACAGGCAGCACCUGGAGUUCUUGGCCCCUCUGCACCGCAGUCCCCAGGAAGCCCCGCUGGGGGCCUGUCCAGUACACCCCAAGACCGGAAUCUGGGCCCUGAGCCUGUUGCUCUUGGUGUCCCCAUGGAGACCAUCCCACAGGCCGCAGCACCCCCUGCCCCCAGCCCUUGCCAGGGCCCCCGGGAAGCCUUGGUGGAGGGCGAGGAGCCCCUGGGCUCUCCAGGCCGCAAGCCACACCGGGCAAGAGCCCAGCGGGCGGUGGCUGCCUUCUCAGGGACCACAAACCCCUCUGGGGCCGGGCAGGUCAGCCUCCCGCCCCACUCUCCCCUCCUCGGCCCCAAGGCGGCCCCCCCUGGGGGCACCCAUGCCAAAGACCUGGCCUUGAGGACCUCGCCCCCCUGCCAAGUGCCUCCUGGCUCUGCGACCCGGAGCCCAGCCGGCCCUCGAGGGCUCCCAGCUGCCGAGCAGCAGGAUGACCAGGACAGUUUGGAAGAAGACUCACCACGGGCUCCCGGCUCCGGCCAGCACUCGGACAGCCACGGGGAGUCAUCAGCUGAGCUGGAGGAGCAGGACCUCUCAGGACCGCAGACCUCGCAGUGCCCAGCCCAGGCCCCAGCAGGUGGCGCGAGCGAGGAGACCGUCGCCAAAGCCAAACAGAGUCGCAGUGAGAAGAAGGCCCGAAAGGCAAUGUCCAAGCUGGGCUUACGACAGAUCCAGGGGGUCACCAGGAUCACCAUCCAGAAGUCCAAGAACAUCCUCUUUGUCAUCGCCAAGCCAGACGUCUUUAAGAGCCCAGCUUCAGACACCUACGUGGUCUUUGGCGAGGCCAAGAUCGAGGACCUGUCCCAGCAAGUGCACAGAGCUGCUGCUGAGAAGUUCAAGGUGCCCUCGGAGCCCUCUGCCCUGGUCCCUGAGUCAGCACCUGGGCCGAGGGUGAGGCCGGCAUGCGAGGAGGGCGAGGAGGAGGAGGAGGAGGACGAGGAGGUGGAUGAGGCAGGGCUGGAGCUCCGGGACAUUGAGCUGGUGAUGGCACAGGCCAACGUGUCAAGGGCCAAGGCUGUGCGGGCCCUGAGAGACAACCAGAGCGACAUCGUCAACGCCAUCAUGGAGCUGACAAUGUAGCCGCUGACCAGUGACUUGGCUCCAUCCCUGCCCCCUAACUCUGCUGCUCAAUAAAUGGGUGUUCCCUCAUCGCCUCUCUGCCCCUCCAACUGCUCCCCAGGCGUAGGCUCUGGCUAAAUGGAUUUGAGGUGGCAUGAAGAUGCUUCCUGAAGCCAUGCAGGCCCCUAAGAGGGUGGUGGUCCUUCCCUGUGUCCCAGAAGAUGGUGGUCCAUCCCCCCUGUCCCAGAGGGUGGCAGUACAUCCCCUGCAUCCCAGGGCACCUGACUCGCCCAAAGAUUGCAGGCAGUCCAGUCACCUGGCUGUGACCCAAGGCACGGCCCUGGAAACUCUAGUUUCCAGAAGGAACUCCCAAGACACAGGGGCUUAGGAAGUUUCUGCAGGGGCACCUGAGCCAGGGGAGGUGCGAGAAGGCAGUGUUUGCUCAGGGGGUCAGCAGUUAAUCCCCCAAAGUUCUUGGCCCCUCACUGCAGCCUGGUUCUAAGAGUCACCAUCCUCUCCACGUCCUCUCCUCUCUUCUACAAAGUCCAGGGACCCGCAGGGUGGGGACCACAUCCCAGGAAAGAAGAGGGAGACCAGGAGUGGGAGGUCAUGUGCAGAUGGAGGCCCUGGAGAGGAGCAUUCCUGACCGUGCACAAGCACGCUGUGGGCUAUAGGGGGCUGGCCUCCAGACUACAUGGCACCUUUAGCUGUCCCAAAUGCUUCCAGGGCAGGCUGAUGUGCACACACAUCUGGAGAUCUACCGACUGUCUCCCUUACCAUCACCUGGCCUGGGCCCACAACCAGCUUCUGGACAGCCAGGGUCAGAGCAAACUGUGGGACCCCACCUCAUGUCCUGACCUGCCCCUUGUCAGGAGAGACCCUAAGGGACUGCAGACCCCUGCCUGGUUCCCACACGGCUGUGCCGCGAGCCCACGCCCCUGCCCUCCCUCCCAGAGGCUCAAAUUCCCAUCCUGCUGAGCGCAGGGCUUCCGGCUCACGCAGUCAGGGGGCUUGCAGGCCGAGGUGUCUUCUGGGUGACGAGGUUGUCCCAGACACAGGCCUUCUCGUGCCUGCACUGCAGAUCCCCAGGCCCCAGCCUCCAACCCAGUGCCCCAACCUGGGGUCACCCACACUGCCUCCCCGCAUCCCAAGGGCAGUAGGUGCCAAGCCUGGUGGGGGGGCCAAGGCCAAGGAGCUUGAAGGGGAGGGCACAGUUCCCCCACCAGCCUCCCUGAUGACCUGGGGCCCCAGGCUUCCAGGUGAUACACUCUCAGGGUGGGGAUGGCACUUCUGGUGAAGGGGUGGUACACAGGGUCGCUAUGGAGACCACCACUUUGGGGAUGAGGCCUGGGAACAGGGGCCUUGGGCAAGGGGCUAGAGGACAGCUAGCGCCCCUCAGAGAGCCCGGUGCCCAGCUCCCAACAGCGACGGCCUGACACUCACGCCCACAAGGGCCUAGGGCACCCGCUCCCUGCCCUGUGUCCACAAAGCUAUAGCCCAAAUCAGGUCCCCGCUGUAUGCAGAGCCCAGCCCGGGUUCCGACAGGCGGCCUAGGGGCCAGACCACUGUGUCCAGCCCUGGGCGAGU